AUGCUGCGCAGAAUAACCAAGCCAAAGAGAGCCAGAGCAGUCAAGAGCGUGAGAGAUACCAUCGCUUCGAACAGGAUCUCCAACGUUGGUCAGCUAAUCGAGUGUCUGCAAACCUACUCUCCUGAUGAACCGCUCGAGACGGUGAACCAUGAGCUUCUUCAGUCAAUGCUCCGCACGCUACGAACCAUUCUCCAGAGACCUCGGUCCGCACGAAACCUUGAGAAGAUACGCGCAAUUGAUGGGUGCUAUCUCGAUAACGAAAUAUAUCGCCAUUUUCCACAGUGGGAAAGGGAUCCUGCAACUUUCUGGGAGCCGCCUGCGGAGGCUCUCCCUGCCUACUGCAGCCUUUCUGGAAAGGCAGAACGAUUGCGAGCUUUUUUCAGCCAUGCUAUGGUGCUGGAACUUGAACUCAGAGUUCGCCAAAUUCAGUGGAGAUUCGUCACUAUAAUGGCCUACAAGCAUUUCGAGAGAAGACACCCCAGCGCGAACUUAAAGACUGAUAAGGUGCGAGACUAUCUGUUGGAAAUUGGCCUCCAGGCAACAGAGACCAAUGUGUCGAGAUGCCAUAAUGUCAUCAUCAGUGGAAAACGACGCACGGAAUUUUGUCAAAAACUCCAAGUAGUCUCUGUUGAACAAGCUCAGGCGGACCGAGAGGAAAAUCAACAUCCAGUGAACUAUGGACCCAUGUUCAUGAGUUCCAUUCCCGACGAUCUAUGGGACAACAAGGAUGGGUGCCGCGGAAGUACAGUCGACGAUUGCUUGGCUUAUUUGCUUUCACUCGAUGCUGGAACUUGGACCACGGACGUCGGUUGCGAGUCUCUCGCCAGAAGGUUGAUCGCUUUUCACGACGACUUAAUCUGGCGUGAUGUGACCAAUGCCGGGGGGGGAGGGACGCAAUUCACAAUCAACCAAGACUUCCCAAGCAAUGGCCCGGAGGACACUGCUUCUUCUCAGCUUGCGGGACCAAUGCUGGAGCAAGUCAUUGCUACCACAAAUUCACCAUGGCAAUUUUUACUCUCCGCUGCAGAGUCCGUCGCACCGCAAGCACAGCAAGUAACGGGCGCUCAUCACCCUUACCAUGGAGCUGCUUUCUCCCCGGCGGCACUCGACCUAUCGAAUGAUCAACGAUCACAAGAUUCGAGGACAAGUAUUGUUGAUUUUUCGAAAAAUGGCGUCUUGCAGCCCAUGAUGCGGCGGCCGCCGGCGUUGGCAUCAUUUGAUAACACAGAACUAUUGGAAGGAAAUCGCGCCACGACAACCGGCGCCUUGCCAGUACCUCCUACGCAUUCGCAUGCAGAAGAAAGUGAUGCUUUUAUCUCGACAGAUUUUGUCAACACCGCCAUGAACGAUGCUAUUGCACUGGAUGAUUUGUCUAUUAUACUGUGGCAGAACGAACAGAGCUUGUUAUCAGCUUGUGACGAAGCCGGCCGGCAAUGGGCAGGGAACUAG